AAAAUAUGGAGAUCCCUCAAAGCCCUGAAGUGGAAUUUUUGAGAAAAAAGAAUAUGCACCUGCUGUCUGAGAAUGUGAAGCUGCGCAGAAUGCUGAGGCCAAUGCAUGAGAACUUGGAGCCGCAAUGGGGACCGAAAAACUUUAAGACCCAAGAUUCAAUGUUCUGCCCCUUUAAAAAGGAAGGUGAGCAUCACAAAGACCACAAGAAGCUUCAGGGGUGCCACGGAACAGCCGAUGAAAUUGCCUUCCAACUGGACCGGAUUAUUCUCUCAUUUACCUCCUUGAUACGCAAACAACUUUAUGUUUUAAUUGAAUCCAGCACACAUGAGGAAAUUCAGCAGGACACUUCCUGCCAGCUGACAAACAGUGUGGAUGAUUUUCUUCAAAGAUCUGACAAGGAAAGACACUAUACAGAAAUAAUGAACCGUCUUAAAAAGUAUGAGGACAUCCUCUCUGAAUAUCUAGUAGAACCUUGCGUGAAGGACCAGCCACAAUCUGAUAUUAGUGAACUGGUAUCCCUGAGAAAAUUGGCAGCUGAGGCCAAGCAUACUGACAUUCUGAAGGAUGUAUAUAUUCUUGUUAAUAACCUGACACAUUUUGCCAAGGAGGAAGUAAAACCUUUAUUUAUACCAUGACUGUGUUC